AUGGGUAACUAAGGAAUGGGCGGCGCUGGCCGUGGAAAUCAGCAAAUGACUGAAGAGGAAAGAAGAAGAGCUAGAGAAAGAAGAUAGGAAGAAUAGAAGAGAAGGUAAGAAGCAGCUCCUACUAGAAUUGGUAGAAAGAAGAAGGGCAAGAAGGGAAUUGAAGCAUCAAGUAAACUCCCACAAAUCAACCCUGUGUCAAAGUGUAGAUUGAAGUUAUUGAGAACUGAAAGAGUAAAGGAUUACCUCUUGUUAGAGGAAGAAUUCAUUAAGAAUCAAGAGAGACUUAAGCCUCAAGAAGAGAAUAAGGAAAAGGAGAGACUUAAAGUCGAUGAAUUCAGAGGAACACCACUUACAGUUGGAACUCUUGAAGAAAUUAUCGAUGAUGAGCAUGCCAUCGUUACCCCACAUGUGGGUCUUGAGUACUAUGUGCCAAUCUUAUCAUUCGUUGAUAAGGAUUAACUCGAACCAGGUUGCUCAGUAUUACUCAAUCACAGAUCUCAUGCUGUUGUUGGUAUCCUUCAAGAUGAUAUAGAUCCAAUGGUCAGUGUUAUGAAGGUUGAGAAAGCUCCACUUGAAUCAUAUUCUGAUAUUGGUGGUCUUGAGGCACAAAUCAGAGAAAUUAAGGAGGCAGUAGAACUUCCAUUAACUAAUCCCGAACUUUAUGAGGAUCUUGGUAUCAAGCCUCCAAAGGGUGUUAUCCUAUAUGGAGAGCCAGGUACUGGUAAAACUCUCCUGGCCAAGGCAGUUGCUAAUCAAACCUCAGCCACUUUCCUUAGAGUUGUAGGUUCAGAAUUGAUUAAGAAAUAUCUAGGAGAAGGACCAAAACUUGUUAGAGAAAUAUUUAGAAUUGCUGAAGAGCAUGCCCCAUCAAUUGUCUUUAUAGAUGAAAUCGAUGCUAUCGGUACUAAGAGAUAUGAUAGCUCAUCAGGUGGAGAGAAAGAAGUCUAGAGAACUAUGCUUGAAUUGCUUAACUAGCUUGAUGGUUUCGAUUCUAGAUCAGAUGUUAAAGUUAUCAUGGCUACUAAUAAAAUUGAGUCUCUCGACCCAGCUCUUAUUAGACCAGGUAGAAUUGAUAGAAAAAUUGAGUUCCCACUUCCAGAUGAGAAGACCAAGCGCAGAAUUUUCAACAUCCAUACAGGAAAGAUGAGUCUUAACGAGGAUGUUAGCAUUGAAGAAUUCGUGAUGUCAAAGGAUGAGCUAUCAGGUGCUGAUAUUAAGGCAAUGUGCACUGAAGCAGGACUUAUCGCUCUCAGAGAAAGAAGAAUGAAGGUAAAUAUGAGUGAUUUCAGAAAGUCAAAGGACAAGGUGCUUUAUAGAAAGAAGGGUAAUAUCCCUGAAGGUCUUUAUAUUUGA